CGCUGAAGCUCUGAAUCCGCCACAGCUGCUGAUGUUAUCCCAACCCCGUCAGAGCCUCUCCUUCCCUCUUCCUUCGACCUCGGAGAAGACGACGAAAGCUUCAAAAUUCAUCCGCACUGGUUCUUUUUCUCUGUUUUUUUUUUUUUUUGUGCUCUUCAAUGCGCAUUGUCUGAAGCAAGCGACGCGGGACUUCAAGAGCAGCAUUAGAAGAUGAGAGCUUUUUGCGCAGUUCGCUUCUCUCAGCUCUCGCUCCUUUCAAGGCCACUUGUCUCCUCCAGGUUGCAGCUUUCUUUUCCGGUAAAACUCUUUUCCUGCCAAGCUAAGUAUGCUGCUGAUUCUGGGGUAGAUGGUUCUGUCAGUUUGAGAGUGGUGUCUCCAACCCUAUUGGCAGCAGAAAAAGAAGAAGCCAAGGCCAUCUUAACCUUGUUCUUGAAAAAGCAAGGUUUAAGCAAUGCGGUAGCUGCGAGAACUAUCAACAAGUCCGAUCUUUUCAUCGAGCAUCUUGUGUCAAGGCUUCAUUCUGUUCACAAGUCUCGGUAUCUAGUAGGCCGAGAGCUUACAACUCUUGAAAUAAGGGAUGCGUUAAUUCCUUACCUCGAGUCCCUUCGCGAGGAACAUGGAAACAUUCUGGCAGAUGUGGUGGAGAAUUUUCCUGAUCCACCUCUUAAAGAGAAGGCACUUGUGCCUAGUCCUCCACCUCUUCCAUCUCCUUCAAGCCUGGACAAUAAAAAGCUAAAAGCUGUCUCCAGAGUGAGUGAGGCUGAUCCUGCUGGGAAGCUCCCUCCUCAUAUUGUCUACCUAUUGGAACUCGGUAUGACUCUUGAGCAGAUCAAGGGAAUUACUCGCAGAUUCCCUGCUUUUGCUUACUACAGCUUGGAGGGGAAAAUCAAGCCGGUGGUCGAGUUUCUUCUUGAUCUUGGAGUACCAAAGAAUGAAAUUCCAAUUAUCCUCAACAAAAGGCCCCAGUUGGUUGGAAUUAGUCUCUCAGAGAAUAUAAUACCCACAAUGAGAUUCCUGGAGAAAUUGGGCGUGGAUAAGAAACGAUGGGCUAAAGUUAUAUACCGCUUUCCUGCAUUGCUCACUUACAGCAGGCAGAAGGUUAAGGGAACGGUUGAUUUCCUUUAUGAGAUGGGUCUCUCAGAGGAGAGCAUAGGGAAGAUUCUGACUCACUGCCCAAACAUUAUAAGUUACAGUGUGGAGGACAAGCUACGGCCGACAGCUGAAUACUUCCGCUCAAUGGGGGUUGAUGUGACUGUUCUUUUUCACCGUUCACCUUCUACUUUUGGCCUCAGUAUCGAGGCUCACUUGAAGCCCAUUACGGAAUUUUUCUUGGAGAGAGGAUACAGUAUGGAACAUGUUAAUAUCAUGAUAUCCAGGUAUGGAGCUUUAUACACUUUCAGCUUGGCUGAGAAUUUGAUACCAAAAUGGAAUUACUUCUUGACCAUGGACUAUCCACAAGCAGAGCUGAUCAAGUUCCCUCAGUACUUCGGCUAUAGUUUGGAAGAGAGGAUUAAACCGAGGUAUGCUCGUAUGAGGGAGUGCGGAGUUCAGUUGCUGCUGAACCAGGUGUUGUCACUGUCUGCUGGGGAUUUCGAAAAGGCUUUGACAAAGAAAAUGGGAAAAGUGCUUCCUGACAAAGCUGAAGCCUGAGUUUGUUGCAUGUGGCAGUUAAUGAGUAUGAUGAACCGAGCGUGGCUUGAAUGAUGAGAUAUUUGUAUGGAUUGUGGACUUGCUCAGGACUCUUAUUUUGCGGCAAGCAAAUCAGCUGGUGAACAACCAGUUGCAAUUGUUCGUGCAGAUCAAUCAAUAAUAGAUGCAUGUGAGAGCCAAGUGCUACUGUGGUAUAUUUGUGUAUCUUAACUGACUUUAAAGUUUGACUGUGUGGGAAGGUCUCUUUCACCCAAGUUGUGGCUCCAUUCAGCGUAGAAGUGAGGGAUGGACGAUGAAAAAUCACAGGUCUCUCUUGAGGAAAGAUUUGACUGCGAUUGAUUUAGGUCCUGACUUUGCCAAUGAGGAAAAAGCAUGAAAGUGUUGCUGUAUAUUAUUCCUAUUCAUCAUGUGCAAAUAUCCUCAUUCAUUAAAAUGCUGAACUCCUUCAUCAACGAGUGAAUGAAUAUGAACUGUUUCUUCUUUGUC